AUGCACCUGCUGGAAGAUGUCUCGGAACAUCUUCGAAGCUUAUUUGAAAGAGGACCCCAGUCAUCCGAUGCGCUUGAGCAAUUGAGUCAAUUAGCUGCACUGGAUGGUCUCUCAGAACCUGAAUUGCACAUGGUGUUGGACAUAGUCUUCGACUACUCAUUGAGAAGCACUUUACGCCAGACUCUUAUCACCAAAUGCCUCGUGCCCAAUGGCGAAUACUUGAUUCAAGUUGAUACAAUAUCUCGAAUCUUAGGUGCCGUUGGGGUCUCCGAGGUAUACUUCAGAAACGGGAAGCAACUCAAACUGAAAAGACUUCCUCCUACAUCGCAAAACUUACUACUAGAGUGGUUGAUUUGUGCUCUGCAUCUCUUUGGAAAGGCAUUGUUCGAAGAGCUACACAGACUUUUACCCACCCUAUUCGGCUUGCUUUCCUUUGAAUACCUGAGACCAAAUAUCACCACACUCAUUAUCCUUGCACUUUCGGAACAACGUAAGCUGAAAGACGUCUUCACAAGUCAAAGAAAGUAUGCGUUAAAGCCCUGGCAUGUCAAUGUGGUGCUCAGCCUAUCUUCAAAGUUUCCUUUCGACCCCUCCAUCAAAUCCCUACUAGCAUUCAUGAAACGUUUAAACCCAACCCUAGACUUGCGUGGUUCAUCAGAAUCAGGUUCUUUAGGGCUAUCCAAAGCGGAAGCUGUGAAGUAUCCAAAUAAAGAGCUCGUGACACUUUUGAGUGCAAGGCGUUCGUCAUCCGACUUAUGGGAGAUAAAAGAGGUGAAGGACAAGGUUCAGAGGAUCUUCGACUCCUUCACAACCCCUGCGUUCAAAAAGAGAAAGAUAAUCAUUAAUUCAUUCAACGAUUUGGACCUACUUGAAUCGCCCGAAACAGAAACCGUUUCGAUUGGAACUGUCGAAUCACUUCGAACAUUGAUAGAUGAGUUUGACAAAAUCUCGAUGGCGAAUCCAGGGUCACUCUUCACAUUGAGUAACAUCACCAACGAAAAGUUACGAGAGUAUUUCGUCGCGUUUCAUUUGAUUUUGGCAAGCGUUGAUCUGCCGAUAAUCAAGAAAUUCAUUCAAGCUGUCCAGUUUCACGCGCUAUCGCCUUCCGCUUCACAGACUGCUUUCGAUCAGUUAUACUUGAUUGGACAGUUGGGGUGCUUUGAACAACUCACGCAACCUUUCGAAGUGGCUAUAUCCAAUGGCUCCAUCAAAGAGACAAGGCAAUGUAAACUUUUGAGCUUACUCCCACCAAACGAUGGCCCAAUUCAGACCUUUAUCAAUCGUCUCAAUGACGGGAACGAUCAUGAGUACUGGAGUUCAGUAUUCUUUGAACUCUCAAAGACAUUUCUUAAGUGGAACGUUCUCCACAACGAGUACGGCUUCUUUCAGAAUGUUUACCAAUCCAUACAUAACAUUGUUGGAACCCUUUUCUCCAUUGCUGAAGUGCAAUGGGGAAAUUUUUCUCUACUGACGAAAUUGAAAUUCACGACCCUCUUGCGCUCCAUAAAGCAAGUAGGGUUUGCAGAAGUUCUGGCUACCAUGGACUUCGGUGUGCUCAUACCCAGUCCUACUUUAUUUUAUCAGAUGAUAAUGUCCACAAACCCAUUCAUUUUGUCAGAGGCGCUAGGCUACAUCGCCUUCUUACGAACACUCAAAUUUGAAGAAGGAGGAGACUCAUUGAAAUUGAGGAACAGUCUUAUCAUGGAUUCGAUUAAUCUCGUCUGGCUCGAUCAAGCAUUUAAAAUCGAAGAAGGUACGUUCAACAAGGGUAUGUUCCUUGAUGCAGAGUACUUGAAGAAAUUAGCUGGUCUAAGCUUCUUUAGUUACUCAGAUCUUAUCGAGCUCAAGAAUGUGGGAGGGUUAUCGCACAAUCCCGGCACAUCGUACCUAGCGGCUGAGAUUAUCUGGAACCUUGAGGAUGAUGAGGACGAAAUCACGGUGAGACAUCCCGGGCCACUUUCAGAGGAAUCUGUGGCCAUGUUGCAACAGAAUCCCGAGGUCAAGUGGGUGCUGAAGAGCUACUUCGAGAUCAAGGUCAACCUUCUCAACAGACUCGAUAGCCUUGGCUUCACAGGUCUUGGCGACCUUUUGUUUUCUUCCUUACGGCCAUUGGCUUCGUUACGCCAAAGAAAGAAUGCCUCAGUGAACGAAGCAUACUCGCAGGUCUGGGGUUCUGGAAAGCUGAGAAUGAAGCUUUCACCGGGUCAACCUUUCCUUCGUGUGACUUUGCGCUCCCUUGCGUCGUCCCUGAACGCUGCGCCCCAAAUAAAACUUAAUGAAAUAGACAAGAAAUGGAUGCAAAAAUGGAAAGAUCAGCCCAUUGAAUACGCCAAAUAUUCACCCAAGAAGGACGAGCUGUAUUACUGUCUCUCUAUGUUCCCAUACCCUUCUGGCACCCUUCAUCUAGGCCAUCAAAGGGUCUAUACCAUUAGUGACGUUAUAUCGAGAUUCAAGCGUUUGCAGGGCUACAAUGUCAUACAUCCAAUGGGUUGGGAUGCUUUUGGCCUACCAGCAGAGAAUGCAGCUGUCGAAAGAGGAAUCAAUCCUGCUGUUUGGACGGAGACGAACAUUCAGAAAAUGAAGGACCAGAUGGAGCUCAUGCUCGCUGACUUCGACUGGGAGAGAGAGGUCAACACGUCUUCCCCGGAGUACUAUAGAUGGACACAAAAAAUCUUCACUUUGCUUUUCGAAAACGGAUUGGCUUACAGAAAGGGUGCUGAGAUCAAUUGGGAUCCGGUUGAUCAGACUGUCUUGGCCAAUGAGCAGGUCGAUUCAGAAGGAAGGUCAUGGAGAUCUGGAGCCAAGGUCGAGAAGAAAAACUUGGAGCAGUGGUUCAUCGGUAUCACCAAGUACGCAAGUGCGCUACAGAAAGAUCUCAAGAUAUUAGAUCAAUGGCCUGAAAAGGUGAAGGCUAUGCAGAAGCAUUGGAUUGGCGAAAGCCAUGGUGCAGAAAUCACUUUCCCUAGCCUGGGGAGUUCAGAGAAUGGCGUGACCGUAUUUACGUCACGGCCGGACACUCUUUUCAGUGUACAAUUUGUUGCACUUGCAUUGAACCAUCCCAUUGUUAAAGAGUGCUCAGAGAGAGAUCCCAAGUUGGCGGAAUACAUCGAACUUGCAAGUCUUGACGAGGAUCCGUUGUCCAAACUGGGAUAUCUUUUGAAAGAUGUGAAAGUCUCUUUGCCGAUUGAUAUCGACGGUUCUGCCAGUGAAACUUUUGACGUUCCUGUCUAUGUUGCACCUUAUGUCUUAGGGUCUUAUGGACACGGUGCUGUGAUGGGUUGCCCUGCUCAUGACGAGCGUGAUUUUGACUUUUGGGCUCUCCAUCAGCCCAACACACCAAUUCAGCCUACUGUUGGACCCGCUAAAGAGAGCGAAAUCGGGCAGCUUGAUGGCAUCUUUACCGGCAAGAACGGUAAACUCUAUGAUGCGUCAUUAUUGAAGAAUGGUGUUUCCUCUCUUGGAACUUUGAAAGGAAAAACUUCCAAAGAGGCUGGUCAGAAGAUCGUCGAAAUGUUGGAGAGGUCAGGAAAUGGCGGUAAAUCGGUUCAAUUCAAAAUUAGGGACUGGCUCAUCUCAAGACAGAGAUAUUGGGGUGCUCCGAUUCCUAUCGUCCACUGCGACUCUUGUGGUCCAGUCCCAGUACCAGAUGAAGACUUGCCCGUCUUGCUCCCCAAAAUCGAUGGAAAAAGCUUUGGUAGCGGCAAUCCUUUAGACAAGCUCGAAUCUUUCGUUAACACUACCUGCCCUUCUUGUGGGGGUCCCGGAAAACGUGAUACUGACACCAUGGACACCUUCAUUGACUCUUCAUGGUACUUUUUCAGAUAUCUUGAUGCGCAAAAUACAGAGAAACCUUUUGAUUACAAUAAGGCUACAAGUGGGAUGCCAGUGGAUAUUUACAUCGGCGGCGUUGAACACGCCAUUCUACACCUUCUUUACUCGCGGUUUAUCUCCAAAUUUUUGGGAGAUGCUGGCUUAUGGGACGGCAAGGCUUUCAACAACGAACCAAUCAAACGGUUAAUUACACAAGGUAUGGUUCACGGUAAGACUUACACCGAUCCCGAGACUGGUAAAUUUCUCAAGCCAGAAGAGUUGGACAUGACGGAGCCCAGCAAGCCGACAAUCAAAGAAACUGGUCAAACUCCCUCAGUGAGUUACGAGAAAAUGUCCAAAUCGAAGCACAACGGAGUUGACCCUGCUAAAUGCAUUGGAAAGUACGGCGCAGAUACUGUCAGGGCACACAUUUUAUUUUCAGCUCCCGUUUCAGACGAGCUCAAUUGGAAUGAAGACCAGAUCCAAGGGAUUGAAAGAUGGUUGAAAAAAGUUAUUAAUCUCAAGGAUGAAAUUAUCCGAAGCGUUAAUCAACUGGAGUACAAGUGCACCGGAGGCACGGAAUUCAAAGAUAUCGAGAUUUCAGGACAGAUACAACCAUCAAUUACCCUCUCUGACGACGAAUUAAAGGUUUACAACGAUAUUCGGUUCUACACCAGUAGGAUUGCAAAAUCUAUUGAUGUUGAUCUCUCGCUCAACACUAUUGUCUCCGACUUCAUGAAAAUGACCAAUGCUUUACAAUCUGCGGUCAAGCAGAAGACUAUCAAUCCAGCGGUUUUGCUCGAUGGAUAUGAGAAGUUAUUGGUUGUUAUGGCCCCAGUCACCCCAUCAGUGGCGGAAGAGUGUUGGGAAAUUUUGAGGAAAGGAAUCAAUAAACCAUUAGAGUCAAUAUUCGCCCAAUCGUUUCCCACAUCGCAGCCCAUCGCGUCACCAUACACCCAAUUCAACAUAUUCGUCAACGGAAAAGCUAGGCACUUUAUCAGGGCUCUCCGGACAUUGUCAUCCGAACCAGAGUCUGAGGUGCUCAAGGUUGCCUUAGCAGAGGAGCAAGUCAAGAAAUUCGUUGGCGACAAAGAUAUCAAAAAGCUCAUCAUUAAGGAUGGACUCAUCAGCAUAAUUACAUGUAAAUAG